AUGAAGCUGUCCAGAAAGCUUGUUCUCGCCAAAGCCAAGGCCUCCGACUUGGAAAGCGUAAAGAAACUCAAUUGUUGGGGAUGUAAUCUAACAGACAUAACCAUCUUUACCCAAUUGCUCAACAUAGAGGUACUGACACUGAGUGUCAACAGCAUCACAUCUCUAGCUCCUCUGGCCGGAUGUCUGAACCUAUGUGAGCUCUACCUGCGGAGGAACAUGAUCUCCUCACUUUCUGAGCUGUCCCACCUUCGUUCCCUGGGCCGUUUGAAAGUACUCUGGUUGGCAGAAAACCCCUGCUGUGGCACUGACCCAAACCGCUAUAGAUUCACAGUACUGCGGUGUCUCCCACGUCUUCAAAAGUUGGAUAACCAAGUGGUGACAGAGGAUGAGGUUACACUUGCUCUCACCCAGGGAGAAGAGGUCUCAACCCCCACAGAGCUAGUCCUAAACCAGCCUUCUGCUAACGGUCACCCAGACACAGAAACAGAGAAUGAUCCACUUGAAUACAACAUGGAUGAGACAAACAAAAUAAGGGAACAAUUGGGAAUGAAGCCUCUUCCAAGAGACAAGUUUCCAUCUUUGUCUUCUCCCUCAAACAGAGAAAACAAAAUGCUCACGAGGAAGUCACAUACAUUGGAUGCAAUUCUUCUCCUACUCAAAGAUUUGGAAGAAAAUGAGCUUCUUGUUGUACAGACCGCCACACAGAACAGGCUGCAUACAUUUAUGCUGAAUUCAGAAAUGAUGAAAGACUCACUACAAACCAAAAUAAGUGAUGUUGAUGAUUAG